UCCGUCCGUCUCGCCGUGGGUGUGGUGCAGACACUUGCGUCACAUGACCACACAAACAAUGGCGGAGCAGCUGCGCUAACGAGAAUUUCUUAACUUUAACAAGUCGCUGGAAACCGCCACCGUCGCAGUUCUUCCUCGGGAUUCUUCUUCUGCUGGCGGCAGGGCGCAGCUGGGAUGCGUUGUCACCAUGGGGAAUAUUUUUGGGAAAAAGAAACAGAGCCGAGUGACGGAGCAGGACAAGGCGGUGCUGCAACUGAAACAACAGAGAGAUAAACUGCGACAGUACCAGAAGAGGAUCAACCUGCAGCUGGACAAGGAGCGUCAGUUGGCCAGGCAGCUGCUGAAGAAUGGCAGAAAAGACAAAGCUCUGCUCCUACUGAAGAAGAAGCGCUACCAGGACCAGCUGCUGGACAAGACAGAGAACCAGAUCAGCAACCUGGAGCGUCUGGUUCAAGACCUGGAGUUCGCCCAGAUCGAAAAGAGAGUCAUCGACGGUUUGAAGGUUGGAAACGAUUGUCUGAAGAAGAUGCACGAGGUGAUGACGAUCGAAGAAGUGGAACGAAUCAUGGACGAAACUCAAGAUGCCAUCGACUAUCAGAGGCAAAUCGACGAGAUGUUGUCCGGCUCCUUUUCCCAGGAAGACGAAGACGCCGUCCUCGCCGAGCUGGAGGCCAUAACUCAGGGAGACGUGGAGCUUCCCGAGGUUCCUUCGGACGAGCUGCCGGACGUCCCGCAGGCCGCCGAGGAGAAGCCAGAGCGGGAACGAUCCAGAAAGAAGCCGGAGCGCGAGCUGCUCGCCGCGUGAGAACUUCUGCUUCUGGUCCUUCGACACCAAAACAACAACCACACAAACAAUUUGCGGGAGAGUCUCUCUCUCUCUCUCUCUCUCUCUCUCUCUCUCUCUCUCCCUCUCCCCCUCUCUCUCCUUCCCGACGUCACUCUGUGACACUGAUCUUCCUCCGUGUCCUCGUCCUCGUCAGGCGGACGCAGAGGAAGACGGUCGGGAACUGGGUCGCCGCGGCGGCAACCUCGAGGAACGCUCCACCGACCCGGGACGACCUGAAGAGAUUUAAAUAUUUAUGCUCAUGUUUGAUUCGUCUUCUCUGAUACUGACAGUAAUUCACCACUCUGACGUUUAUCUUCUCUUCGUCUGUAGGAUUUGAGAUUUAAAGUCAAUUCACCCAAAUCACAAACAGACACAUUUCGCUCGCCCACAUCUGGUUUUUAUCUAGUUUUUGUUUUUAUUUGAACAUAGUUCAAGAUAUUAAUCUCUUGAGAUUUCUUAUUAAUGAACAAAACUGUAGCAGCAACAUCUUUCCAGAAAACGUCAGUCAACAUUUUUCAUCAUGUUCUCCUUUUGUAGGAAAAAAAAAAUCAGAAACCAAGGGGGAGAAAUGUAUAUUUUAUUAUAUAUAUUUUUUAGGUUUGAUGAUCACGUACCUUAGUUAGUUAGUUCUCGUCUGCUGCGAAGUUGGAGAAAAUUCCCCCCCAAACCGUUUUUUUUAUUGAUUUAUAAAAAUAAAAAUCUGGGAUUAUGAAAUCAA